AUGUUGAUGAGAUAUUGGGCAGUGGAUAUUGAUGAGGAACACGACCACAAAGUACGCCCUACAAUUACCACGUACAAAUAUUAUAAUUAUACUUCUGUAUAUAUUCACCACGCUACCAUUAAUGAUCUCGAGUACAACACAAAAUACUUCUACGAGAUUAGGAGUGGUGAUGCGAUGCGUCGGUUUUUCUUCACAACGCCUCCCAUGGCCAGUCCCGAUGCUCCUUAUAUAUUCAACAUCAUUGGCAAUCUUGGAGAGACUUAUGAUUCGAAUCAAAUGUUUGUGCAUUACUAUUCAAAUUCAAAGGGACAAGCAGUGUUGUUCGUCGGAGAUCUUUCGUACGCGGACAAUCAUUCGUUUCAUGAUAACAGGAAAUGGAAUCAAAGCGGGACUUUGGAAGACACUCUUCUCAUCAGAUCUGGCUCGUCGGACUCUUCGUAA